AUGGCCAGAAAGAAAGCUCCGGCUACUCGAGCACGAAGCAGAAGCCAAAGGCAAUCCGAAGCUGCACCAUCUACACCUAGAGCGCCAACAUCAUUGAGGACAAGAUCAACAGCAAAUGCCCAAGAAGGUUCAUCCACAGAAAUGCAGAGGAAAAAGCACCGCUUCCACCCAGGGACAGUAGCUCUCCGGGAAAUUCGGAAGUGCCAGAAGACAUGGAAGUCACUCAUACCAGCUGCUAGCUUCAUUCGAUGCGUAAGAAUGAUUACCCUGAAGUUUUCCCAAGAAGUUAACCGAUGGACUGCUGAAGCUUUAGUUGCAAUUCAGGAGGCAGCAGAGGAUUUUUUGGUUCAUUUGUUUGAAGAUGGAAUGCUAUGUGCAAUUCAUGCAAAACGCGUUACAUUAAGUGAGUGA